UUCACGGAGAAGAACGCGGACUUGUGUCAACGUUCGUCGAAACAAAGCAAAAUGGACCUUCUCCAGAGUCAGAACUCCCUUGUGAAUGUCGGUGACCUUCAGAAUAUGAGACAAAGUCAAGUGUUCUUGCAGCUUCUCCACAGCGCCACCCACAGCCUGACUUUCUCCCAGGAUGUUGUGUGGGAGAGGGCUGCUGAAACUGUCUCGUAUAGCAAGACAGAUUUUCGCUGGCUCUUCUGCAGCUUUGGACCACCAGCCAGCAGCAAUCCUAAAAGCCGGAGGACGGUUACCCUGAGACACCUCCCCCAGCUGUCCUCACCUCCUGUCCAUGUGGGGGCCCAUAGUAGCAGGGAGCAUCUAGUAGCUCCCCUGGCGCACCUGCCUAACCAGCCCAUCCUUGUGACAGCAGAGGAUUCCAUUAUAACUCCUUCCAAAAAGCGGCCACUAGCAGAUAGAGGGAACAGGAAGGACCAGAGCAGCUGCAGGGACAAGAAACCAGCCAGGAUUAUGCCUGAGGGGAUACCACAGCAGCACCAGAUCAACAGGAUCAUGACUGAGGGGAGACCACAGCAGCACCAGAUCAAACAAUGGCUGCAGCAUGGGCUGAAGGGGCCUGCUACCAACCUUAUGAGUGAGGUCCUUGUGAGCCAGGCAGACUUGAGCACAGACCAAGAUCUCCUCAAGGAGGCUCCACACAUUAACCAGUCUAAAACUGCAUUGCCAACACACGACAGAGUGCCACGGUUCAACCUUCCCUCAGUCCAUGCAAAUCAGCACAGUGGGUCCAACUCAACCACAAACUCUGUGACCAUCAAAUACUCUGAAACCUGCCUGCAGCCCCAGGAUUUCCUGAACCGCCAGACAAGCAGCUAUGCAAACCAGACUGAGUACAGCUCCCAAACACUGCCCUUCGCUGGCAUAUCGCUGCCAGCGCUCCAGUGCAGUGCAAAGGGGCAGAAUGGCAUCGUCGUAGACAUCGAAGCACAGCACCAGAAACAGCUCCAGCAAGGCUUCCCCAGUGGACCAGAUGAGGGGACUGAGGCAGGAGUGGUCCCAAGAAUGCAGCUGGAGGAGUUGUCCUGGGUGAAACGUUUCCCCCCAAUUAACUGUUCUGCAAAGAUGACUUCCAGGCCCCCAGACAGCUGUGGGAUGAAGACAGGGUUGCCCCAGGGGGAAAUUAUAGGGCUGCUCUGGCAGCCAUCAGGCCGCAACCCCACUGUGGAUAUAUCUCUGCUCCGCUAUGCUGUGGAGGAGUGGAUCAUGGCCCAGAAGAUCAAGACCACUUGUCUGAGCAUUACCUCUGAGGGGCUGAAGAAGGCAUUCACUGAUCUUGACCAUCAUGUACGGUUGGAGGCCAUAGCAACUUGUGCCUUGAGAGCCAUAAAUGGGGCAAAGGAGGAUCAGGACUCUGUCCAUACUGAAUUUGACCCUGUCCUGCAAGAGCUGCAGCCCCUCUUGCUCUCUGCCCUGGAUGAUGACCAUGUGUGCGUUCAGACGGCAGCUGCAGUGUGCCAGUAUGCCAUGGGCUUGCCAAGCUUGAGGGCCAGAGAAAUCCUUCACAGUAUACUCCAUGAAGGUGCGUGUGCAGAUGUUUGGCUGGCAGCGCAGUGCCUGGCAGCGGGGGGAGGGGCCAGUCUGCCCAUCAUACAGGUCCUCCUUUCCCGGCUCUUUGGGAGUGAGUUGCAGAGAGAGCAGGAGCAGGCCACCACACUGCUGGCCAACAUCAGCAUCAAGACUACUGUAGUGCGUACACUGCUGGCCAAGGAGCUGAACUGUGCUAACUGGAGAAACCGAGUUAUGGCUUGCAAAACCAUUGGUCAGCUCAAGGGCCUCGUCAACAAAGACCUGGUGAGCAAGCUGACGCAGCUCAUGUGGAAGGACUGCUACAGUGAGACCCGGCAGGCUGCUGCCCAGGCACUAGGGGCGCUAGGGCGGGGCAGGGAACUGCAGAAUGAGCUCAGGGUGCAGCUGGAGGAGGGGCCCUCCUCAGUGCGAGUGGAAGCUCUGGUCCUCCUGGCGCAUCUGCAGAUCAUGACUGCCAGGCUGCUCCCCAGCUUCUUGGGCUGCCUCAGGAAUGACAUUGUGGCUGUGCGGAAACAGGCCUGCUUGACCGCUGCUGCACUGUGCAGGAAGGACGAGGUGAUUGUGAAUCAACUUAUUGAGUUGAGUCAGGAUGAUCCAGCCUGGGGGGUUAAAGUUGCAGCUAUUACUGCACUGGGAAAAAUUGGUAGCCUGACUCCUCUUCUCCAGAAGAUAUUGCUGCAGGCCAUACAUUGUGAGGAGGAGCCUGAGGUCCGCAUUGCUGCCUGUGAGGCUAUCAGGAUCCUGGGAGUUGAUCUUCCAGAGCUGCAGCACCUGUUACAGCAGCGCAUCCUGCUGGAGACCCACCAGCAGGUCCUCAGGCACAUUGAGAGCCUCAUGAAAAGCUACGGGUUCCCAAUCAAAGGAGACGAGAACAUAAUCCUGAAAAUCAAAGACCAGGUUCAGAAGCUAUGCUCAAAGCACAUCAUCACAGGGAAGGUGCUGCUGCUGGAGGAACUGCAUGACUCACAGCAGCAGCAGAGGUGUUUCCUAGGCCAGAGUGGCCAGCCCGACUCCUCACCCCCAGCCAUGACUCAGCUGUUGCAGGCUCGCUACAGGGCCAUCAUGCAUGGACCAAGAACUGAUUGUGGAAGAUCCUCAGCCCACCCAGUGACAUGACAGUGUAGAAGACAUCUAUUCCUGAACAGAUGAACCGCAUCAAGAUGGAGACCUUAAGACCUUUACAUAUUGUAAUAAAUGUUUUAAAUUAUAAACCCUUUCCGGCCAUUGCAAUUGUCCUUUUAGGUAUAAAAAAAUAAAGAAA